UGGGGUGACGCACUUCCUCCUCCUCGGGUCCGGUGUUCUGCGACACCUCUGUCUCAGAGGAGUAACCCGAGGGUCCCCUCCACUUCCCCGGCGACCCCCGGCCUUCCGGCCUCCAGCCGCAACCAUGAACAAGAAGAAGAAGCCAUUCCUGGGAAUGCCCGCGCCCCUUGGCUAUGUGCCGGGGCUGGGCCGCGGAGCCACUGGUUUCACCACUCGGUCAGAUAUUGGGCCUGCUCGGGAUGCCAAUGAUCCAGUGGAUGAUCGACAUGCUCCUCCAGGCAAGAGGACUGUAGGAGACCAAAUGAAAAAAAACCAGGCUGCAGAUGAUGAUGAUGAAGAUCUGAAUGACACUAACUAUGAUGAGUUUAAUGGUUAUGCUGGAAGCCUUUUCUCAAGUGGUCCUUAUGAAAAAGAUGAUGAGGAAGCAGAUGCUAUUUAUGCAGCAUUGGACAAAAGAAUGGAUGAAAGAAGAAAAGAAAGAAGGGAACAGAGGGAGAAAGAAGAAAUUGAAAAAUACCGUAUGGAACGUCCUAAAAUUCAGCAGCAGUUCUCAGAUCUGAAAAGAAAGCUGGCAGAAGUUACAGAAGAAGAGUGGUUAAGUAUUCCUGAAGUUGGUGAUGCUAGAAACAAACGCCAGAGGAAUCCACGAUAUGAGAAACUUACCCCUGUUCCUGACAGUUUCUUUGCUAAACAUUUACAGACUGGAGAGAACCAUACUUCAGUGGAUCCCCGACAAACACAAUUUGGAGGUCUUAAUACACCCUACCCAGGAGGAUUAAAUACUCCAUAUCCUGGUGGAAUGACACCUGGACUAAUGACACCUGGAACAGGUGAAUUGGACAUGAGGAAGAUUGGUCAAGCCAGGAAUACCUUGAUGGAUAUGCGAUUGAGUCAGGUUUCUGAUUCUGUGAGUGGGCAGACUGUGGUGGAUCCUAAGGGUUAUCUUACAGAUUUGAAUUCUAUGAUUCCCACACAUGGAGGAGAUAUCAAUGACAUUAAAAAAGCACGUUUACUUCUAAAAUCUGUGAGAGAGACAAAUCCUCAUCAUCCUCCAGCAUGGAUUGCUUCAGCUCGCUUGGAAGAAGUCACUGGAAAAUUACAAGUAGCAAGAAAUCUUAUUAUGAAAGGGACAGAAAUGUGUCCCAAGAGUGAAGAUGUGUGGCUGGAAGCAGCUCGUCUACAGCCUGGUGAUACAGCUAAGGCUGUGGUUGCCCAAGCAGUUCGUCACCUCCCACAGUCUGUCCGGAUUUAUAUCAGAGCAGCAGAGCUAGAAACAGAUAUCCGAGCAAAGAAGCGUGUUCUUAGGAAAGCUCUUGAACAUGUGCCAAACUCUGUUCGCUUGUGGAAGGCAGCUGUGGAAUUGGAAGAACCAGAAGAUGCUAGAAUAAUGCUAAGUCGAGCUGUGGAAUGCUGCCCCACUAGUGUGGAGCUUUGGCUUGCUUUGGCAAGACUGGAGACCUAUGAGAAUGCCCGAAAAGUCUUAAACAAAGCACGUGAGAACAUUCCCACAGAUAGGCAUAUCUGGAUUACUGCAGCGAAACUAGAGGAAGCCAAUGGAAAUACUCAAAUGGUGGAGAAAAUCAUUGACAGAGCCAUCACAUCACUUAGAGCAAAUGGUGUAGAAAUCAACAGAGAGCAAUGGAUCCAGGAUGCUGAGGAGUGUGAUAAAGCUGGGAGUGUGGCCACCUGCCAAGCUGUUAUGCGUGCAGUCAUUGGAAUUGGGAUUGAAGAAGAAGAUAGAAAACAUACCUGGAUGGAGGAUGCAGAUAGUUGUGUUGCUCACAAUGCACUGGAGUGUGCCCGAGCUAUUUAUGCCUAUGCCCUGCAAGUUUUCCCUAGCAAGAAGAGUGUGUGGUUGCGAGCUGCUUACUUUGAGAAGAACCAUGGGACCAGGGAAUCCCUUGAAGCACUCCUGCAAAGAGCAGUGGCCCAUUGCCCGAAAGCUGAGGUGCUCUGGCUCAUGGGGGCUAAGUCCAAGUGGUUGGCUGGAGAUGUGCCUGCUGCGAGAAGCAUCUUGGCCUUGGCUUUUCAGGCCAACCCUAAUAGCGAAGAGAUCUGGUUGGCUGCUGUAAAACUUGAGUCAGAGAACAAUGAAUAUGAGCGGGCUAGGAGGCUGCUGGCUAAGGCUCGGAGCAGUGCUCCUACUGCGAGGGUGUUUAUGAAAUCUGUCAAGCUUGAAUGGGUUCUAGGGAACAUUGCAGCUGCUCAAGAUCUUUGUGAAGAAGCUUUGAAGCAUUAUGAAGAUUUCCCCAAACUGUGGAUGAUGAAAGGGCAGAUUGAGGAACAAGAGGAGCUGACUGAAAAAGCCCGGGAAGCCUAUAAUCAGGGGCUGAAGAAGUGUCCUCACUCUACACCCUUAUGGCUUUUACUUUCAAGACUGGAGGAGAAGGUUGGACAGCUAACCAGAGCAAGAGCCAUUUUGGAGAAGUCUCGUUUGAAGAAUCCAAAGAACCCUGAUUUGUGGUUAGAAUCUGUGAGAUUAGAAUAUCGAGCUGGGCUGAAGAACAUUGCCAAUACACUCAUGGCAAAAGCUCUGCAGGAAUGUCCCAACUCAGGCAUCCUGUGGUCAGAAGCAAUUUUCCUUGAGGCAAGACCCCAGAGGAAGACCAAGAGUGUAGAUGCCCUGAAGAAGUGUGAACAUGACCCCCAUGUCCUGCUAGCUGUGGCUAAACUGUUCUGGAGUGAAAGGAAGAUCACCAAGGCCAGGGAGUGGUUCCACCGAACAGUAAAGAUUGAUUCAGACCUGGGGGAUGCCUGGGCUUUCUUCUACAAAUUUGAAUUACAACAUGGUACGGAGGAGCAGCAGGAAGAAGUUAAGAAGCGCUGUGAAAAUGCAGAGCCCCGCCAUGGGGAACUGUGGUGUGAAGUGUCCAAGGACAUUGAGAAUUGGCAGAAAAAGAUUGGGGAGAUCCUUGUGCUUGUAGCAGCCAAGAUUAAAAACACCUUCUAACUGAUGCUCCAUCCAUUCCUGUCACUGUCCCUGGAGAAAGUAGCAUUGUCUUGCUAUCCAAGGUCCAGAAGGAGGGAGGUAAAGGAAGGUCUCCCAGUAGCUGUACUGCAAGAUGCUUUCCAGAUGAACUGUGCAUACCAUGUCUUUGAGACAUUAGAAUUUUUGAGUGCUGAUGUGCUGGGCAAGCAAUCUCUUUAAAUGGGUUAACUUGCUCUUUAAAUUUAAUUAAAUCUUUUUUUUUUUAAUCUAUGUGUCAGGUUUAAUAAUUAUAAUCUGUUAUUGGAUUAUUCUUUACUGCCCUAUUCUACUUCCUUUUCCAUUUUUGGAUUUGUCCAGUUCUGAGUUUUCUCCAUCGAAAAUUGUCAUAGACUACUCAAAUUCAUAGUAGGUAUAUACUGAAAAGCUGUCACUCAUCAAGACUCAGUGGGGAAAAAAAACCAAACAAACAAAACAUUGUUGCUAUGUCAUUUGAAUCUCUAAAUUAUGUUUUGGAGAAAAUGGGGUUGGCCUUCUUAGCUUUCCUAUAUUCCUUAGAGUUGAAUUCAUUGUAAUUUUUUUUAAUACUGAGUGUGUGUGUGUGUGUGUGUGUGUGUGCGUGCGCGCACGCUCGUGCACUUGUCAGAGAGAAAGAGAGGGAGAGAGAAUGUAUAAAUAGUUGUAUUCAGCAGCAAAUAUAAUGCAAAAUUUGAAAUUUUAAAAUAUGUUGCUUCAAAGAGCUUAAUAAAAAGCAUUUAAGUGUUCAGUGAAUUGUGUGCAUGAGUUCUCCUCAGGGAUCAUAUGAUAGAAGUUUCUAGCCACAGUUCAAGCUAACAGUUCCCUGGACCAUGGAUGAGCUGGUGCAGAGCUGAACAUGUAAAUUGCCCAGCUCAAAGAACCACCCCCUCUAGAAGAAUUGCUAAUCAUAUAUUUCCUGAGAAAUAAGGAUUCCUUUCUGGGGACACUUGUUCUUGGCAUGUGAGGAAGGUAUUUUGCCUGUGAUGUUAUUUUCUAAAGGCCUCAUUAAUAAAAACUGAGGGAUGUAAUUAGAAACAAUGGCUGACUGGUACCCUAACCUUUUUAACUCCACAAAAACCAAAAUUCUCAAACUGCACUGUUUUCCAUGAAAAAGUAAUCUACUUAUUUCUUCAAGGAUGAGUUGAAUGUGAAUGAUGAUCAUUUUUCAACAUUUAUUAAACCUUUAUUAUAUGAAGCACUGCACUAGACAUUGAGGCCCAUUAUCCAUAUCUAUUAUGUACCAUCUCAUAUAUGGAAAUCCAAAAGACAGUUUAAUCAGCUUUUUACCAGUCUACAUUGUGUUGCCUUUAAGGAACUGGGUAAGAAAAAUACAUUGUUAUAAAAAAUAAUUUAUGUGAUCAAAGGUAAUUAGUCCUUGUUGAUUAUAUAAAUAUAAACAACCAUGAGAUUGAGGUUUUACAUUUCAGUUUAUAGAGAGCAUAGGAAUAGGAAUUAGACUAUCUUUUGGAUAAUCUAAGAAUUUUAAAAUUCUUUACUUCUUUCUAAUGUUGAGAUGAUUUAAAUCCAUGAUGAUUUAAUAUGUAGGGAGUGGUAGUAUAUACUUCCAGGUUUCGCUUAUGUUUUCAUUUCAUUUAGAAAUAUCCCUUCCUCUCUGGAGACCCUGUGUACACACAGCAUCAAGUGUACAUUAAGUGAUUAUAGAGAUAAAUUUGCAGAAACAAAGAAAUUUGUAGUUGAAAGGAAGGCCGCCUGUUUCCUGAGGUUGUGAUCCACAGCAGGGUACUUGGUGAGAAAAUUAUUCAGAAUUGUUCCCCACUGCACAUGGUUCAUUUAAGAUGUGUCCUGUGUGUCCCCCUCUCUUCAUUCCCCAAAUUACAUUUGAGUUUCCUCUGAUAUUUAGUGCUGUUUUCACAAAAAAUAUUGAGACAGUUAAACUACAUGUAUUGUUCUGAUUUCUUGCUAUUGACUUGAAAUUACCAGUAGAAACAAUGGAAAACUGAACUUCUAACUUCAAAUGUUAGCUCCAAAAAUAAAGGCAAGUUCAAUUUUA